AUGCAGGAUCCUAACAAGUCGCUCAGGGAUCCUGUUUACUACCGCUGUAAUACUGAUCCUCACCAUCGUGUUAGUUCAAAGUACAGGGUCUAUCCAACAUAUGACUUUGCUUGCCCAUUUGUUGAUGCAUUCGAGGGAGUGACGCAUGCUCUUCGUUCCAGUGAAUACCAUGACCGGAAUGCACAAUAUUAUCGAAUUCUUCAAGAUAUGGAGUUGAGGAGAGUAGAAAUUUAUGAAUUCAGAAGAUUGAAUAUGGUUUACACUCCUCUCAGCAAGCGGAAGCUUCUUUGGUUUGUACAAAAUAAGAAGGUUGAGGAUGGGACCGAUCCACGUUUUCCCACUGUUCAAGGCAUUGUCCGUCGUGGCUUGAAGGUUGAGGCAUUGACACAAUUUAUACUCCAACAGGGUGCUUCAAAAAAUCUGAAUCUGAUGGAGUGGGAUAAACUGUGGACAAUCAACAAGAAGCUAAUCGAUCCAGCGUGCGCAAGGCAUACUGCUGUGCUGAAAGAUCAGCGCGUGAUAUUUACUCUUACCAAUGGUCCAGAGAAGCCAUUUGUUCGAAUUUUACCAAGGCAUAAGAAAUGUGAGGCUGCUGGAAAGAAGGCUACAACCUUUGCUAACAGAAUUUGGCUAGAUUAUGCUGAUGCAUCAGCCAUUAGCAAGGGUGAGGAAGUAACCCUAAUGGACUGGGGGAAUGCUAUCAUUAAAGAGAUCAAGAUGGAGAAUGGAGUGAUUACUGAACUAGUUGGAGAGCUACAUCUUGAGGGCUCUGUAAGACAACAAAAUUGA